AUGAUAGAGGCAGAACCUCGAACAUAUAAAGAAGUUGUGAGCUCUAUUGAAGGUCCUUUUUGGAAGGAAGCCAUAAGGAGUGAAAUUGAUUCCAUCCUGCAAAAUCAUACUUGGGAACUAGUUGACCUUCCUACUGGAUGUAAACCUUUAGGUUCCAAGUGGAUUUUCAAAAGAAAAAUGAAAACAGAUGGAACAAUUGAUAAGUACAAGGCCCGAUUGGUAAUAAAAGGUUACAAACAGCAAGAAGGCUAUGACUACUUUGAUACUUAUUCUCCGGUGACGAGAAUAAAUUCUAUCAGGAUGAUUUUUGGCAAUUGCUGCAUUGCGAAAUCUAGAAGUCCAUCAAAUGGAUGUAAAUACUGCCUUUCUAAAUGGAGAUCUUGA